AAAAUAAAAAAUUCCAUCUCCGAUAUAUUUAUAUAUAAUAAUACAUUUACAUUGCUCCUCCUCUAAUUCUUCAUUCAUUCUUUGUCCAAAUCAAACCAAACAAUAAGAAGAAGGAGAAGAAGAAGAAGACCCUUUCCUCUUUCUAUCACAGGAAGAGGAAGAGGAAGAGGAAGGGGAAGAGGAAGGUUCUUGUUGUUGAAAUGGGAAGUAGUACAAAUUUGAUUAUUCUCUUUGGUCGGUAGGUGUGUGCAUAGUUAAUAUACAGUGAGAAUCGGGCUGUCGACAACGGUUGGCAGCCUGAUUAUUAUUUUUAUUUUUUUGUUGUUGUUGAACACGCUCACAGGUUAACGAAUAUUCCCCACCUCUAUCCUAUAUUCUUCUUCUUUUCUAUCGAAUAUACUCACUCAAUCUGCUUUCCUAUAUAUUUUUGUUCUUCUUUCUCUUGCACUCAACGUCUCUUUUAGUUUGUUCAUUCCCAUUUUUAUUUUAAUCCUCAAUUUGCUUGCUUAUAUUUAUAUAUUUAUUGUUAUGAGAGAUUUUGAGCUUUAUUUCCAAUAUGGGUUCCUUCUCAGGAAUCCUUCAACGCCCUUUAGCUGCGGCUACCACAGUUGCUGUAGCUUUUGUUUCUGCUGAUAAACUGCCCCUUCACAGAUCCUCUGAUACUUCUUCUUCUUCUUCUUCUUCUACAUCAGAUUUCGUCAGCUCCUCAACUUCCAAUUCCUUACAGCAACAACAACCCAAGCCAUCAUGGAUUUCUCAUUUCUCCGUUUCUAAGCUUGCCAACUUUUCUUUUGUAGCCAGAAUUCGAGUACCUCUUCCCAACAUUAACUUCCCACCGGUUCCUGAUUCGGGCCGCAAUUUUGUUCCCUCUUUGUUGUAUUCUUCUCCGGCUCUUCUCAAUUUGUUUCAUCCUGCAGAGUUGGCUAAGCCUCCAAAGCCAACUGCUUGUAUAACUACCUCCUCGCCUUCUUCUUCUGAGGUUAUGUAUAGAUGGCAUUUACCAGAGCCGAAUGCAAUUGAUGUUUCGGGUACUUCUGAUUGUUCAUCCGCAAAGUCUAGGACAGUGGUGGUUUUGCUUGGAUGGUUGGGAGCAAAGCAAAAACAUCUUAAUACAUAUGCAGAGUUGUAUACUUCCAGGGGGUUUCAUGCCAUUACCUUUACUUUCCCAAUGGCUGAGAUUCUCAGUUACCAGGUUGGUGGAAAAGCUGAAGAGCAUAUAGAUUUGCUUGUGAACCAUUUGGCUGAUUGGUUAGAAGAGGAGCAUGGAAAGAACCUGGUUUUUCAUACCUUUAGCAACACUGGAUGGUUAACGUAUGGGGUUAUUUUGGAGAAGUUUAAGAAGCAGGAUCCUUCUUUGAUGGGAAGGAUAAGGGGUUGCAUUGUAGAUUCUGCACCAGUGGCAGCACCUGAUCCACAGGUCUGGGCAUCAGGUUUCUCUGCAGCUUUUCUCAAAAAACAUAGUGUUGCAACGAAGGGAACUAUUUGCUCAAAUGAAUCAGGCAUGAAGGUAUUGGUUGGCAGCAAAGAAGUUGUGGAACCUAAACCAGCAGUGACUGAAGCUGCUUUGCUAUUAGUUCUGGAGAAGUUCUUUGAGGUGGUUUUGAAUCUUCCUGAAGUUAACAGGAGGCUUUCUGAUGUAUUGGGCUUGCUAUCAUCAGGACAACCAAGCUGUCCACAAUUGUACAUCUAUAGCUCUGCAGACAGAGUCAUUCCUGCAGGUUCUGUGGAAUCUUUCAUAAAGGAGCAGCGGAAGGCUGGGCGUGAGGUCAGGGCAUGCAACUUUGUGUCCACACCUCAUGUUGAUCAUUUUAGAAAUGAUCCAAAACUGUAUACUCUGCAGCUGACCCAGUUUCUGGAGGACUGUGUGCUUACUUGUUGCAAACGUUCUCAAUAGUCAAGUUAUUGAAUCACUAACAUUAAUCCCUUAUAUUUAUUUAUUUUUUAUUAUUACUUCA